UUGCUGUGAAAUUGACAUCGAAAAGAGUUCAUAGUGAUUCUUUGUCCGUCUUCGCGCAUUUCUUAAAUAUAUUUUUUUCAAGCUGUGAGUGUGUCCGGUAUUUGAAAAUUAGCCCCAGUCUGGUUAAAAAAACAUAAUGUUACACCAUGUGAUUUUUUCUUAGGAAUUGGGACGUUAGAAAUUACUUAGCCCACAGUAACCAAAGGAUAAUUUGGCGAGAUGAGUGGCGACAACAAACCUCGCACUGGCAGCGAUGUUUCAUCUGAAAAGCAUACGGUUCACUGGUUUCGCAAAUGCCUGAGAUUACACGAUAAUCCAUCGUUACAAAGCGGUUUGGAUGGGGCCACUACAUUUCGAUGCGUGUUUGUUCUCGAUCCUUGGUUUGCGGGAUCAUCAAACGUGAGCAUCAACAAAUGGAGGUUUUUACUGCAGUGCUUGGAAGAUUUGGAUAGCAGUUUACAAAAGAUCAAUUCGCGAUUAUUUGUAAUCAGAGGUCAGCCAGCUGACGCGUUGCCGAAGCUAUUUCGUGAAUGGGGUACAACAUCGCUAACCUUCGAGGAGGACCCUGAACCUUUUGGUCGUGUACGAGACAAUAACAUCACGACCCUAUGUAAAGAACUUAAUAUUAAUGUCAUCCAGAAAGUUUCCCACACACUGUACAAUUUGGAGGUAAUCAUUGACCGGAACGGUGGCAAAGCUCCUUUGACGUAUCAUCAGUUUUUAACCUUAAUCACCGGAAUUGACGCCCCUGCGAAACCAGAAGCAACUAUAUGCGCGAAAACGGUCAACGGGUCCUUUACACCGAUAUCGGAUGACCACGAUGAAAAAUAUGGAGUUCCGACAUUGGAGGAACUCGGAUUUGACACGCAAAACCUUAAUCCAUCUGUCUGGCAGGGUGGAGAAUCUGAAGCCCUGGCGCGACUGGAACGACAUCUGGAAAGGAAAGCUUGGAUUGCUUCGUUCGGAAGGCCCAAAAUGACCCCACAGUCUCUACUACCUUCUCAAACUGGACUGUCGCCUUAUUUGAGAUUUGGCUGUCUAUCUGCUAGAUUGUUUUAUUACGAAUUAACAGAGCUCUACAAGAAAAUGAAAAAGGCAUUUCCCCCUCUUUCGCUCUACGGACAACUCCUCUGGAGAGAAUUUUUUUACUGCUCGGCAACGAAAAAUCCAAACUUCGAUAAAAUGCUGGGAAAUCCAAUAUGUGUCCAAAUUCCUUGGGACAAAAACGCGGAGGCUCUAUCAAAAUGGGCGAAUGGACAAACGGGAUUUCCCUGGAUCGACGCAAUUAUGACACAGUUAAGGAAAGAAGGUUGGAUUCAUCAUAUCGCUCGACAUGCAGUUGCAUGCUUUCUGACACGCGGCGACCUGUGGAUAUCGUGGGAGGAAGGAAUGAAGGUUUUUGAAGAACUACUAUUGGAUGCGGACUGGUCGGUCAACGCGGGAAUGUGGAUGUGGUUGUCAUGUUCAAGUUUUUUCCAACAAUUUUUACACUGCUAUUGUCCGAUAAAGUUUGGACGAAAGGCCGACCCAAAUGGGGAUUAUAUUAGAAAAUAUUUGCCGGUGUUAAAGAGCAUCCCGGUCGAAUAUAUCCACGAACCUUGGAUAGCUCCAGAAAGUACUCAACAAACGGCCAAAUGCGUUAUUGGUCGAGACUACCCGUUACCGAUGAUUGAUCACGUGACUGCUAGUAAAAUUAACUUGGAACGUAUGAGACAGGUUUACAAACAACUGGAGGUCCUUUACCCAUCAAAUUCAAGUAAAUGCGCUCACAUAGAUUUGUGCUCUAUUAAGAAGAGUAAACAGAAGGAAGCAGCAUCAAAAUGCCACUGGUACCAUUGUAUUAAUGAAAAUUCAGAGUCUGUCCUAGUAGCUGAAAUAUGUGAGUGGUUUAUAACUGAUGUGCUAAUGGAAAGCUGCAAAGAAUCAAGUGAAAACCAAACUAUUGAUUCAAAUGAAAAAGAUGUAUACGAUUUUUCAAAAUCUACCCUUAUUAGAGUAGAAUAUCCGGGAUGGGUGAAAAAUCUUGAUAAUGCAGUCGAAACACUUGGUGGAUUGCACAAAAUUGAAAACGCAAUAGCGGAAAGCAAACAUAAAUUGGAACUAAAAUUUCACCCUAAAAACUUCUUUAACAAAGGAUGCAUUGCUGACCGGGAUUCAAAUGUUGGUAUAUUGAUUAAAGUUUUUCCGUCUCGCAAUAGACAGGUGUCAUAUGAUUAUGAAGUGGUAGGGACUUCAAAAAUAAACUUUAAAUUUAAUAGAAUGAUUGACUAUCAGUAUCUUCCUUUGGUAAGUAAAGAGGAUCCAGAAAAACAAGAUUCAGAAAUUGAAAACUUUUACAACAAUCUCAUUUCUGAAAAAAUUCCUAAUCUUAAAUGGUUUUUGAAAGAAGGUGGAAACAUUCCAGCCUUCUUUAUACCACCCAGCUUUUCAAAAUAUGACCUUCCACAAGUGAAAUUUGCCUCAAAUUCUGUCAAAUUGUUUAAUUCCUUAGUUCGGCCAGAAAGGGUUAUACCAAAUGCAAAUAAUAAAAGAAAUACAUCUCAUAAAUCAAAAGAAACUGGAAGAGCGAUAAGGGUAAAUUUUUUCAAAUCAAAUAUCAAAAUACCGGACCAGCCACCUAUAGAUGUUAUGGAACAGAUACAAGAAAGGACUUUGCAGAAACAAUACUGUUUGGUGAAAUCGCUAUUCAAUGAAAGACCAGUGUGGAGAAAGGUAGCUGUUACUCACAAAACUGGUGUGGCACAUGAUCAUAUCAAGACAGUUCUGCCAUCUGUAGCAUAUUAUUGUCUUAAUGGUCCUUGGAUGGCUUGCUGGAUUAAAUAUGGUUAUAAUCCAUUAGAGGAUUUAAGUUCUCGAAUAUAUCAAACACUAGAUUUCAGAAUUAGAACCAGUGAAGGUACUAAAGUCAAGAUUCCACCUAAAAGAAGCUCUGCACACUCUUCAAUCGGUUCUUUCAAUUCAUAUGACUUCAAUACUUCCCUGGAACGUUCAUAUAUUCUAAGACCAAAUGAUAUACCUCCAGCAAGACAGGUAUUUUAUCAGUACUGCGAUAUUUUAAUACCAGAGGUCCAAGAUAUGUUAUCGAAAUUACCCAAAUCUUUACAAAAUGUUCAAUAUGAUGUCAAAAAUGGAUGGCUGCCGCUUAGUUUUACCGAGCAAUGCCGUGAAAUUGCUAAUAAGUAUGUGAUUGAUGCAGUUCAAGAAGAGCUACUGAAAGAAGCUAGAAUCAAGGAGAAAGUUUUUGAUGAACCGCAAACGUCUGAUUCAGAAAAUAUUCUGAGUUAUAGUAGUAGAAUGUUGUCAAGCAUUAAGAGAGGCGCGUAUCAGAGAGCAAAUGUUCAUCUAUUGGCAGAAUCUUCCAAGACAAUUAAUUUGGACGAUGAGAAGAUUAUUGAAGUUGAUGCUGAUGAAGUUGUCAGAAAGUUGCCUGAGUGCAUGUCAGAUAAUUCUGAGGAUGGUUCUGAUUUAGAUAUUGAUACAGAAGUAGUUGAAGAAGUGAAUAAAAUAAUAUAUGGAAUGUCAUCAAGAUCUGCAGAUUGACAUAUUUUUAUUUAAAGCAAUGAAUGUAAGUUUGGCAUACACUUCUGCUGUGCAAAAUAAAAAGAGUGUAUGUGAAUUUUCACAAAAUUUUGCAUUUUUCUGUUAUUAUUGAUAUAACAACAGAUAAUAUAAUAUGGAAUGCAUCACUAAGAAUACGAAAUAUGAGAGGUAAAAUGGGUUUGAUCAAGCAUAUAUUUAAAAAUGGUGUUUUAAGAUAAAAGGGAUUUCUUAUACCAUAUAUUCUUGAUUAUUAGGUAAAGGGAAUUUAUUAAAAAAUAACCAAAUGCUGACAACUUCUUCAUU